AGAGAAUUUACAUCCGCAAAUGCAGAAAGAUGUAAACUAGAUGUACCAUAUAUUUUAGAGUCGAUAUUUAAAAAUGUUUAAGCUCAUAUCUGGCAAAUACUUGUCGGCUGUUCCUCAACGCAGUUUGAUGUCGUUUUAUCAAGGGAUUCUACAAUUUAACCCAUUUAAAAACACAUUCAAGAGUUUAACCAAAACUAACAAUCAUAUUUCAAAGGAUUUCAACAGAAAAAGUGCUAUAACCUUUUUGAACGCAAAUGUAGCCCAAAUUUGUACAAAGAAUUCGAUACUCACGGACGGAUUAGGAUUAAAUUGGAGAAAUGUAGGAAGCAUUCGAGGAUUUUGUACAAAAUAUCCGUACUUACUGAUAUGUAAUACUGGUUUUAGAGCAUUUAAUGAAGAAUCCGGAAACAUACUAAAUUCUUUCCUUUUCGGUAAAAAUGCUCUAGGCUUACAACGUAGAACAUACUAUCAGGAGAAAACUGGGUUAUUGAGCAAGAUAAGGGGUUUUAAGAAGGGAAGAACCAUGAAUCGUCUAAAUAAUCGCAUACAAAAAGUCAGACUCUACAUAAAUACCAAGAAGCAAAAGUUUAAGGGUAUAACUAACAAAUCAAAUCGCAGGAAAAGGUUGAAUGAGAUGAAACAACGCUUUUUUGAUAGAUCUCUAGCAUUCAAAUUAAAGGCACUAUUAACUCUGAAGAGAUAUGGAAAGAUAGGAGCGGGAAUAUACUUGGGAGUGUAUAUUGUAACACUGGGAUUUAUGACAAGUAUGACAUUUAGCGGUUAUCUAUCAAGUAAUGAUGUGAGGAGAGUGCUGGAGCGCUUAAACAUUUCCGCUUUUAAAGUUCCAGAUAUGGACAGUCCGUUUGCAAAGUUUACGGUCGCCUAUAUACUCACAAAGGUUGUAGAGCCUAUAAGGUUGAUAGUCUCAAUAAUUUUAACGGUCUCUGUGACAAAGUUGUUAAAAAGAUGA